ACCUUAAACUAUAACUUGCCUCGUUUUCUUCUCUCGGAGUUUGGAGUGUCAUUCAUAGAUAAAUAUAGAUCAUACUCGUCUUUAUCUAUGAUCAUAGAUUCAUUUGUGGUGCCCUGUUUUUAUUUAGAAUCGGCCUUGUUAGCAGAGACUUUUUAGUUAAAAAAUGCCUAGACAAUCCCGUAAACGCAAAAUCCUCCAAUCGAGCGACCAGAUCGAAUCAGCACCCCGUGAAAAAAUCCGGAUCAACAAAACCGGGCUGUUGGGCAAUGGGGGCUCCGUUGACCUGUUUGCCAACCCGGCCGUUUUUUUGGGGCAUUUUGACGCACCUGGCCCUGCAAAUCCGGACUCCGGGAUCGACAGCGGCUCGGCCGAAGACAGCGAUGGGCAGGAGCAGAAGAAGCCAGCAUGGUUCGAUGAAGAUGAUCAGGGCAUCGAGGUGGGCGAAGCCCUAGCAGUACAGGGACGCCGCUUGCCUGCCGGUGGAAUAAACGACAGCAGGAACAAAUACUCGCAGUUGCUGGAGCACAAAUUUGAAGCCAUUGCCGGCACACCAACAUGGGCCCGCCUGGGCAAAGCCAAAGCAGAAGUUUCAGAUUCAGAGGAUGAGGAUGAUGAGAUAUUUCACACUGUGGGUUUUAUUAAUAAAACGCGAAGGACGACAUUGCCCGCAGGCUCGUUGGAGUUCAAGCAAGUCAAGGAUUUAAACUGUGAAACUUACACGGAAGGGCCCUUCAUCAAUUCAGUGGAGUUCCAUCCCACUUCGAGUGUGGGCUUAGUGGCAGGCAACAAGGGGGUUGCGACCUUGUUUGCAGUUGAUGGUAAGAAGAACAACAAGCUGCACAGUGUGGCCUUUGAAGGGUUCCCCAUCAUGUGCGCCAAGUUUGUGAAGAAUGGGGAAGAGGCUAUCUUGGGCUCCAAUAGAAAACACAUAUUCGUCUACGAUCUGAUAGAGGCCAGAUCUGUACGCUACAAUCUGCCCUCUGGGAUGACUCAGUGCAAGAAAUUCACAGUUUCCCCGGAUUCCAAAUACUUUGCGGUGGCAGGCAAAUGGGGCGACGUCCAUUUACUAUCCGCCGCCUCCAAAGAGAAAAUUAUCACCUUAAAACAAGACUCCGAGGUUACAGCGCUGGAGUUCAACUCCACAGGAAGCAUGCUGUUUGCCCACUCAGAUACCUCAGAAGUUACCAUCUUCGACAUCAAUAUGAGGCGCGUGAAACACAAGUUUAGCGACGAAGGCUGCUUGCAAGGAUCGGCUGUAGCUGCCGCCUCCUCCAACCAAUUCCUAGCCUGUGGAUCUGCCCAGGGCGUCGUCAAUCUCUAUGGAAUGGAAGAUGUGCUGCAGAGCAAUCUUCCUAAACCCAGGAGGAGCAUCUUCAACCUCACCACUUCUAUUUCAGGCCUGAAGUUCAACUCUUCCAGUGAAAUCCUAGCACUCACUUCCACGGAUAUUAAAAACUCCGCCAAGCUGUUCCAUGUGGCCAGCGGCACGGUUUUUAAGAACUUCCCAGCUUUUCAGAGCAAACUGGGCCAUUUGAACUGUAUUAAUUUCACGCCAGGAAGCGGCUUUUUAGCUCUGGGCAACCGGCAGUCUGUAGUUUCUCUGUUUAGGCUUAAGCACUUCAAAAACUACUGAGUUAGUUUAAACUAGGGUUGUUAAUUAGUUAAAGAAACAUUAUUUUCUAUGACUUUUUUUGUAUGUAAAUAUUGACUGUGUAAGAAUAAAUGAUGCAAAAAAUG